CAAGAAGGAAGAUAAGAAAGAGCGAGAGCCUCACCAAAGAUGGCUGGAUCAGAAGUCCACGACAAUGCGGAGAAGCACCGUGGACGGGAUACCGUGAAGAAUCCCAAGGCAAAGGGUGACAAGUCAAGCACUCGUGAUCCUAUGACGUCUCUAGAGAGGCGUGUCUCUAGAGUGGAGGUGAAGUUGGCGGAAGAUAUCACCGCCAUCGAGGAUUUGGGAGCUAACUUCGCCCAAGUCGAAAGCGAUUGUCAAGGUAUGAAUGCUCGUUUGUCGAGCUUGGAGAUUGGUCAUGAUGGCAUACGAGAAGAGCUUGUGGCCCUCAUCAACAACACCAUCAACACAUCCUUGAACAACGCCAUUGAAGUUGUCAAAGAGCAUGUCCAGGCUGAGCUGGUCGGCGUGAAGGAGGAGAUUGCAGACCUCAAGAGUGAGGUCACUCUCGUGAAGAGAGCCAUGGCUAACGGACCUGCCAUUGCACAACCUACCUCAACCAUGGAGGUUCCUAGACCAAAGAGCUUUCAAGGGUCGAGGAAUGCAAGGGAGUUAGAGAACUUCCUAUGGAGCUUGGAGCAAUACUUCGAAGCUUCGGGUAUUCGAGAUGAGAAUACCAAGGUAAAAACUGCACCUCUUUACUUGAGUGAUGUUGCCAUGCUGUGGUGGAGAAGGACCCAAGGCGAUAUCAAUAAAGGGGCGUGCGUGAUGGAGUCAUGGGAUGACUUCAAGAGGGAGAUCAAGAGGCAAUUCUACCCAGAGAAUGUUGAGUUUGAAGCCCGGUCGAGACUAAGGAGGCUUGCUCACGAAGGAGAGAUUCGAGGGUAUGUGAAAGAGUUUUCUGAAUUGUUGCUCGAGAUCCCCGACUACACCGACAAGGAGGCCAUGUUCACCUUCCUUGACGGCCUCCAACCAUGGGCGAAGUUGGAGCUACAACGGCGAGGCGUGCAAAGUCUUACCGAGGCAAUGGCAAUUGCCGAGUCCCUAGUCGAGUACCACGAGCUGCAGGAACAUGCGGAGUUCGGAGGCAAUGGAGGUGGACGCGACUAUGAUAGAGACCCACGAAGGCGUGGUAGACCGGACCAAGGAGGUAGUCAUAAGGUUGAGAAACCACUUACUUGCUUUCUUUGUGAUGGUCCACACCGUGUGAGAGAUUGCCCAAGAAAGCACAAGUUGUCGGCAAUGAAGGCCGUACUGGCAGAGUGCUCGAGCUCGGAAGAGGAAGCAGAGGAGGCUCCAAGAGUGGAGCCCCAUGUCGCAAAGAUCGGUUGCAUGAAGAGAUUGAGCGCCAUCAAGCGGGCGGAAGAGCCUCUCCAACCCGAGCAGCACGGCCAAUGCUUCGUAGAGGCGAAGCUCAACCAAAGGAAAACAAAAGCUUUGGUUGAUACUGGGGCAAGUUGCAACCUUCUUGACGUAGGUGAAGCGCAGAGGCUAGGCAUCACGUACGAGAAGAAGCAAAGAGGGUGGAUGAAAGCUACCAACUCAAGGGCCACAAGAACUCAUGGAGUAGCGCGCCAGGUGCCACUCAAGCUUGGAGGAUGGACCGGGGUGGCAGACUUUGAGGUUGUGUCGUUGGAUGAUUAUCAGGUCAUCAUCGGCAUGGAAUUCAUGGUGCGGGAGAAAGCUUUCCCGAUUCCCUACGCCAAUAGAUUCUGCAUCAAUGGCGGAGCAAGAUCGGUUCCCAUGACAAGAGAGCAACUCGAGUCAAACAAGAGGUGUUUGGCAAGGCAAGAGCAGCGAGAAGUGGCAACGAUGGUGGAGGCAGAGACUCACUCGAAGACUCGUUGGAGAAGGACGAGAAGGAGGAGUGCACAACAUCGUGGAGCCAUGAGAGACGAGGAUGUAUCAUCUUCGACUUGCCAAGAGAAGCAAGGAAAGGCCACCAUGAUCGAGAAGGCGGGACACUCAAAGACGCGACGGAGAAGACCGCGGAGGAGUGAGCAACAUCAUGGGAGCACAAGGCUCGAGAGCGAGCCAAGGCCAUCCUUGGUUUGGAGGAAGGUGCAACGAGACCUUGCAAGCAAUGAAGCUAAGGCAAGGGAGGCGUCUGCCAAAGAGCCACGACGAGGGCGUCGUGGAUUGAGUGGAGGAGAAUGUCACCAACGAGGCUCAAGAGUCGAAAGAGGCUGCUCGAGGUCGAAGGAGGCAUUUCGUAGCAAGGACGCGACGAGGGCGUCGCGAGCAUAGGUGGGGGAGGAUGUCACAUGUGGCAGAUGACAUGGCGCCAACAAGGUGACAACAUGGCGGCUGCACAUGUGGCGUGUAUGGAAGACUAGUAGCAUAGAGAUGCUCCUAGGAUUCUCCACCUAAAUGAGAGCUUAAUGGUGCACUUAUGAGUCACAUAAUGGGUGACAUUUAUAGAGUGCAUAAUGGGGGGACUUAAUGGGUGUAUUGAUGUAGUAGAGGGACAUUAUGAGGGGCAUUGAUGCCUUGUAUGAGGAGAGGCCUAUAUAAGGAGCCAUCUCCCUCACUUGUAACUCAUCCAUCAUUUUUGUGAGCAAUACAACUAUAGAGUUUCUCCCAUCUUCUUGUGUCUUGUUCUUGUGAGUUGAGUGAGUUUGAGAGCUUGUGAGAAGGCUGCCUAGCAUCUCUAACGGAAUUGAGAGCUAGGGCCGCACGACCAAGAGUAAGGCCGUGACAGCACCUACAGCGGAUGCCGGUGGAGGGUCAUCGAGUCGUGGAGGAUCUCAGGAAUGGGACACUUUCUCUCAUGGGUUCUCUCAAUUCCAACAUCAGCAACAAAGUUCGAUGUUUCAGACCCCGCAACAACAAACUCCGAUCAUUCGUCAAGCUACCGCUCCAACUCAGCCACCACCACCACCAUAUGUAACCCCAGUUGGGGCUCGGGUCAAGAGAAAUCCGCGACCAGCCGUUGAGCGAGCCCGCCAAGAAGCAGCGGCGGAGGGGGGAAGAAGGGGUCGAGGACGUCGUGGAGGACGAGGAGGAAGAGGUGGAGAUGGGGGCCAAAAUGAAGCAAAUGAGUGAAUUUAUCGUUUUAUCAUUGUAGUGAACUAUCAAUGUUGUUUUUGUGAUUUUUAGGUGUUGUUAUUUGAGUUUGCAUUGUCUAAAAACUAUCCUACGCACUUAAGUUGUCGAAUGAAUUUUCUGGAUCAUU